UUUUUUUACUCAUUGUUAGCAUACGUGAUACCAGACUUGAUUUGUUUCGGUCUUUCGCGUUUGGUAGGAACGCAACAAGAUGCGUAUUGAGAACUGUUAUUUCUGUUCGUCCCGUAUUUAUCCGGGACAUGGUAUACAAUUCGUUAGAAACGACUCUAAGAUAUUUAAAUUCUGUCGAUCAAAAUGCCACGCAGCAUUCAAAAAGAAGAAGAACCCAAGGAAGGUGAAGUGGACUAAAGCCUACCGAAAGACAGUCGGCAAAGAAUUGUCAGUUGAUCCGGCGUUCGAGUUUGAAAAGAGAAGAAACGUGCCACUUAAGUACGACAGAGAGUUAUGGACAAAGUCUGUCGAUGCAAUGAAGAAAAUCGAGUUGAUAAGACAAAAGAGACAGAACGCGCACAUAAUGCAGAGACUUCGUAAGGGACGUGAACUUGAACAAGACAGAGACGUUAAGGAGGUUCAACGUGAUUUGAAUCUAAUACGUUCGCCAGCGGCGGGUCUUAAGGAACGCAAGAAGCUUGAGGAGUCCGUCGGAGAGGAUGAAAAAAUGGAGGAUUCCGAUUCCGAAGAAAUGGAAGCCGAAGAAGUUGUGCUAUGAAUGUAGAAGAAGCAGAUCAGCAAUUUUUUUUUGUACAGAACUUUGAGUGUAUAGUUAAUAAGUUACUCGCGUUUUAGACUCAAAAUAUUGUAACUCAAAUGUCAUUAGCUAUCACUCUGCACAGCUCUGAGUCCUGCACUUUCA